UAAAUUUCUAAGUAGUACGUACUAACCAAUAACCAUUUGAGGACUACAAGUGGUCGGAUUCGUAGGUCCUGAAAAAUAUUCUGAUUUGUGCUUUAACUUAAAGUUUAAUUAGCUUUUCAGUUGAUUAUAUCUUUGAUUUUCGUAAAAUAAUUAAUUACACAUUCUGCUAAGCCUAAUAUAAUUACAGCUGCUACUGGUUUCAUUUUUCUUAUCAUCAUCUUCAAAAGGGUUAAAAUAUGGAGUGGGUUCUGCGGGGUCCUCAAAUUCACAGCACCUUCGGCAAACUUGGAUUUGCUCAUGCUGAGGGAUAUCACAUCAAUGAAAACUGCAAUGAUGCUUUGGAAUCGAUUCUUAAUAAUAUCCUGACCGAAGAUAAAAAUCUGCGGACAUAUAGAAGAGGCAUCAGUUUCGGGCAGAAUAUUAAGAAAGAUUUGAUACCGCUUUUAAUACAUGUAAAGGAUGACACAACAAUUGAACUUCUGAUUAAGAUACUCGUCAAUUUGACGAUACCGGUGGAGUGUUUGUUGUCAGUGGAUAGCAUAUCGAAUUCCGAAGUUGGCAAACAUACUAUAUUUGAAAUUAAUACCUUGUUGUCGUCUACAAAAGCUGCCUUUGUGGACAUUCGAGCAACUAAAGUAAUAGUGGAGUUUCUUAAAAAGAAUUCGGAUUUCGAACAAAAUACAAAGUUAACUGUGGAACAAUGUACGAAUAUAAGCAACGCGUUAUUGUUUUUGCGGAACAUUCUUCAUAUUCCAGAAGACAAUAUUAUGUCGUCUAGUUAUAGUGGACCACCUCACAUGUUACAAAAUCAGAUAAUAUGGAAUCUUUUUAGUCAAAGCAUUGACAAAAGUUUAAUAAAGCUUAUGAAUAUUCAGGAGUCGAUAAAUUGGGGUGUUACAAUGGUUCAGUUGAUAGCAUUGCUUUAUAAAGAUCAACAGGUGACAACGUUACACAAGCUCCUGAAUAUAUGGUUGGAAACAUCUUUAUCGGAGAGCUCUGAGGAUAAUGAGAGUAAUACAACGCCACCUAACAGGAGUAGCAACAAUUCUUCUCCAAUGUUAACAUCCGAUGCAACUUCUGAUUCUUCUGACACGGGUAGAAGUGGAAAGACAAAUGAAGGUUCUAAUUCCCUUAACAAUAGUUGGGAUUCAACCAGAAAUAUGAGUGAGCAGACAUUCCAAUCAGACCCAAUGCAAAAGAAAUCCUGUCGUAUUAUAAAUAAUGAACAAGGAGAGAAUUCGCGUGACAAAGAUAUCAACAAAGAAAUCUUAAAACCCAAGGAGAAAACUGGAAAGAAAAACCGCGAUAAACCAAUAAAUGAUAAAAAGAUGUCUUCAGAAAAGUCAGAUUGCGGUUAUGGCACCCAAAUUGAGAAACAGGAAGUGAUUUCGACUUCUAGUAAUGAUGAUGAGAUGCCAUGUAAGAAACCAGUGCAUCAGAAGCCACAGCAUCCUAAACAGCGGCCUAAUAAUAAAGUGCCAGAAAGUGUCGCACUUCAAGAGAGGAAAAGAAAGAAAAUUGUGAAGCGGGGGAAGGCUAAUAUAAUCAACGUCCAAGGGCUCACACAUAAUACGCCAACGGAUGAGGAUAUAUCCAACGUUCUAAAGGAGUUCACUUUGGACUUCCUUUUGAAGGGUUACAACUCUUUAGUCCGAACCUUGCACACACAAAUUUUGACGAACAUGCAAUUAGAAAUAGACACGUCACAUUUCUUCUGGCUCGUCACCUACUUCUUAAAAUUCGCGACUCAGAUUGAACUGAAUUUGAAGCAUGUCAAUUCGGUGCUAUCCUUCGAUAUUGUACUGUAUUUGACAGCUGAAGGUGUGAAUUUGUGCGAGCAAUUUGAACUCGCGAUUAAGUUGGAUGAAAAUGAUUUGAAACCAAGUAUUCGGAGGCUGCAUUUGGUCGUGACAGCAAUCCGCGAGUUAGUUCAAGCUAUUGAAGUUUAUAAAAAGUCAAAUCACAUUUGUCAAGAGGAUAAAGAGGCUCUUAUUCAAUUGCAAAUGAAAAUGUCUGAGACUGACGAACUUCGAUCCUUACUUGUGUUGCUAUUACGUCACUAUAAUCCCAAGUAUCAUUCUAAACAAUAUCUACAGGAUCUUAUCGUGACAAAUCACAUACUAUUAAUGUUCCUGGAUAACGUUAUGAACUUGCCAGACUACAAGGGUUCAGGAAAAAUGAUUGACCAUUUAAAGCAAUUCGCAACCCCCGAAAUAAUGUACCAAUACGGGCUUCUACUAGACGAUUUUGAGGUUAAUGGCGAAUAUGUAAACGAUUGCGUAUUUACAUUAAUGCACUAUGUUGGAGGGGAGCUGGGUUGUCUAAUAUCCCUCUUCCAGCCCAAAAUACUUAAGACCUUCACGUGUAUAUGGAGAUCCGAGUUUGAGAUUUGUGAUGAUUGGUCAGAUCUAAUUGAAUACGUAAUAAAUACAUUCAUAAAGAAGCCGCACUGUCUCCAACGGACUGCGUCAUUCCGAUUGGAUACGGAGAGUUUUGACGAUGAUAAAGUCUUUAAAGAACUUAUUGAUGACCCGCAGGAAGAUACUGCCGAAGACCAGUUCAUGUCGGAUGUCGAAGAUACUGAUAUAUGGACAAAAGAUGAGCUCUCAGCUUUCAAUUGGAUAUACAUUCAAAGUAACACAUCCUCCGAUAUUGUUGGGGAAAUAAUAAAACUUUUCAAAGAUGACGGCGUAGUUAAAACUCGCGAAAGUGUGAUCAAACAAAUGUACAAACAGUCGAUAAUAAAUCGCAACGAAUUCGAACAAUUGCUAAAGGAAGACUCAGAAAGAAAAUCCAAAACUGAGAUGCGGGAGGGAAAGGACGACGACAUUGGAAAAAUUUGCGAAUAUAUAACUAAAGAUGGCAAAAGGAAAUUUCUCGAUUGGGUCCAGAAUGUUUUGAUUGAAACCUGCCACGCUAAAGUAUGUUUGGAGAAAAUGAAAGUGCAGCAGGAUGAAGAGCAGGCUGAGAACAAAAAUGGCUGCCAUACUACGCUGAAGAGGCCAAAAGAUAUGCCUGUUAUGUCACCGGUUUCAUAUCAUUCACUCUUGUUGAAUCGGUCUGUUCCGUUGGUGCCGUGGAAUUGUGAACAGGCCGCGAUAUGUAAGGACUUGAAGUUUUUACAACUUUUACACAAAUUGGGAUUUUAUAUGCCAGUUGAUACAGGCAAAAUGUUUAUAAGGAUACCAUAUUUCUGGUCACCCGACUGUUUGUAUGAAGUUGCGAGUAAAAUUUCAUAUAUAGACAAAUGUAAACUCAAGUUCUCCAUCAGCGAUAUAUCAAAUAUAAGUGCUUUGAACUCGUCAAAAAUGAGUAUAGGUUUAGAGGAUGAACCUCAGGAUAUGGUUCUCACGGUGAUGCCUGCUAUUGUUAAUUAUGCUCCCAUAGAGCCGACGGGUGCAGGUUGGUUACAAGUUGUUCAAAAAUCACAAGAGAUCAGACUUACUUUGGAUCUUGACAGGACAAUAAUACACACAGGGAGUGCAAAUGUGCUGAAGGAAAUUAAGCACCCUUUCGAUAUUCCGAUGGUCCAGGAUGAGGAGAUAACCGUAGCAGUGGCGGAUUCAGACAAAGAGGAUCCCGUGAGUUACAACCAAGCUGAAUCCGAAUAUUGUUGUAACAGUCUCUGCGAGACAGCAUCAGUUGCGUCAGAUCUCACAAGGAUGUACGUAUCAGAUGAAGAUGAAAAGCCCGAAGUGGUUCAUCGUAUAUCCGCAGAAAAACACUUUAACAAUGACAUGAACUCUAUAGAUAUGGAUAGCGGCGCGGGAAAGAGAGCCAGAGUAGAUUUCACAUCAGCUUUUUGCUAAAAAAAUCCAUUACACAAAUCGUUAUAUUUUUAUGUAAUGGCUGCUUUAGAAGCGUUAUGGAUCUUGAGCCCUACGCAUGGAUAUUUUUAAUAAAGUAAUACUUUUUGAAUAUUUAAUUUUCUGUAAUUGUUGCUUUAGUAAACGUAUUUUCCACCUUUUUACCUGAAAAACAUUGUUUACUCUGUGAUAGGAAGACUCAGUUGUUUUAGUUGAUUUUUAUUUUACUACGCGUUAUUAAUGACUACUUUUAAAAUUUAAAAGCUUGUUUCUAGAUUCGCAAAAAUUUUUAGGAACCUUUUUUUUUUUGACGUACGAGGGCGGUCCGAUAAGUACUUAGCCUCUUCGCCCGAUAGCACCACUAUCGCAAGAGCAAUUUUCAUCGCUUAGAACAUUUUCGUAGACUCGUAAAAAUUUCAGGCGAAUCCAGAGUAUCCGCGGAUUUUAAAAAUUGUUAAAAGAGCAAUAUCGGUCGCUGAUUCGAUUCUUGUUUUUGGAAGGGAUCUCUUUGAUGGGAGCUCUUUGAUGCAGUGUACGGGGUGACCCUUUUCCUUCGAUGUCGACCGUCAAAAAUUGGUUUAACGAGUUUCAACGUAUUGCGCGUCUAUAGAGAAAUAGAAUUUCUAUAAAGUUAUUCACUCUUCUCACUCACUCUCAAUCGGUCUCAAUCGCUCUCUCCCUUUUCUUCGACAAAAACGCUGCACAUCUUCGUGACGUUUCA